ACGGUUGCUGCAACCUGCUGUCUUAACCUUUUUUUUCGCAUCUGGUCAACAUCUUCCUCCCAAGAAAAUGAAUCAACCCGUCAGUUGUUUACCUGUGACAGCUAACAAAAUGUCGAAGGCAAAGAAAGUGCUAGAUGAGGCUCGCGAGAACAAAAAUCGCGAAAUUGACCUGGUGGAUCGCAACAUUUCCACCUUUGACGAGCUGCCUGGAUUGCUAAAUAUGGUGUUUGUGACGAGAAUAACAUUGAGCCACAACAAACUGAAGAUUGUUCCGCCCGGUAUUGCGAAUCUGAUCAAUUUGGAAAUAUUGAACCUUUCCAACAACCACCUGGAAGAGAUGCCCCUGUCGCUGUCAUCGAUGCCAAAGCUUAGAAUAUUGAACUGCUCGAUCAAUCGUCUCAAUACGCUGCCACGCGGGUUCGGUGCAUUUCCGGUGCUAGAAGUGCUGGAUCUUUCGUACAACAACCUGAACGAAAAUGUGCUUCCGGGCAACUUUUUCAUGAUGGAUUCCCUCCGUGCGCUCUAUCUUGGCGAUAAUGAGUUCGAAUAUUUGCCAAAGGAAAUCAAAAACUUGAAGAAUUUACAAAUUCUUGGUCUUCGUGACAAUGACCUGUUGGAACUUCCACGGGAAAUCGGUGAACUCACCCGCAUCCGUGAGCUGCACAUCCAGAACAAUCGGUUGAGUGUGCUGCCGCCCGAGAUUGCCAACCUCGACAUGCCGGGACCAAAGUCGGUGCUUAAGAUGGAGGAAAAUCCUUGGGUAACCGCCAUCGCAGAGCAGUAUUUGGUCGGUAUCAGUCACGUGCUGGAAUACAUCAAAACGGAGGCUUACAGAAUCCUCUACAAUCGUCACACACAAUCCGGUGGCAAAACGUCCGGUGAUCUUCCUCCAAAAUCCGACAAAACCAAGAAGGCAUCCCGAGCCCGUUCUUAGAUCCAUUUCAAACCAUCCCAGCGGCGGAUUACGAUCGUUUCUGUACACGAUCACCUCAUCCCAGUGCCAACUAAACUUUCUAAACGAAGCUUUUCUUCCAUGUUCUGAGUGCGAAUCAUUAUUUAAUGUUUCAAUUUUAACUAUUAUGUAUCGCACACUAACGAAUCACCGGAAAGUAAUCCGCGCCAAUUUCUUUGACGCGUUGAAAGCGACUUAACUGUGAAAACAAAUGUUUCGUGUUCAAACUUACUACUAAAAGAAGAGAGAUAAUCAGAACAUAGUCACGUCCGCACUACACUCGGUGUAUCUAGGCACAUAGUUUUGGUAAACUAAUUUAAUUAACAUUGACUUAAGGCGAGGAAGAGUUGACGCCAUGCGAAGUGCGCGGAAACGAUCCUUCGAACGAAUGAGUGCCUUAAAUGUGUGUAAUCUAGCGAGCUAAAAGCAAUGACAAAGUAAUGCAAUUAAAAUGAUAAUAAAAUCGAUGUGUCUGGAACU